AUGGUGCAGUAUCUCCAGAGGGUGGAUAAGUAUGUGAGAGCCUUAGAGGAGUUGAACUAUACUCUAGAUGAGAAGGAGAUCAUCUACACCGCACUCCAGGGGCUGGACCAAGAGGCGAACAAGGCCCUGCUGCAGUACCUUCACCUUGAGCAACAGAAAUGGACCAAGGCCUGGAUAUGGGAGGUCCGACCAGAUGGGUGGAAGCCUCAAGGGUACUCAGGAGAGGCUCCACCUGUCACUAGGCCUGAGUGGGUGGAGAGGAGGAUGAAGAAUGGAGCAUGGAAUAAGAAGGGCAGCAAAGAGAAAGUGGCCGCAGCGGCGGCAAACGAGGACAAGAAGGGAAAGGAGGACUCAUCGGAUGAUGGAUUCUCCUUCUUAUCAUUGGAGAUAGAGACGGCGAUUGCUGGUCGUACGUUUGCUGAUCCCAAUCAGCUCAUUCUGGACUCUGGAGCAACCUGUGGAAUGGUACCUCGGCGCGACCUCUUCACCACCUAUCACUCCCCCCCACCUAACUCCAGAAAUGUGAUUGUGGGGAGUGGAGAUGCGCUACAAGCAAUCGGCAUCGGCACCAUCACCGUCAAGGGGAAGGAGGGGGAGGUGAUGAAUGUGAAGGGUGUGCUUCAUGUUCCUGAAUUGGCAGCCAACCUUCUCUCAUGCUCUCAGCUUGCGAAGCAAGAAUACAUAUGCACCUUCACCAUGGAAGGUGGCACGGUUCGCAAGGGCGGAGCUGUGGUGAUGGAGGCCAAGUUAGAGAAAGGUCUAUACCUUGUUCCAGUUUGUGUGCCUCAGGUGGAGAAGGCACAUGGUGUUGAAGCGGAGAAAGCCGCUUGUAGCACCUGUUGGAAGGACAUGGAGCAGGUGACGGCGGAUUUGCUGCACCUACGCAUGGGGCAUGCGGGGAAGCAACAGCUUGUGGAGUGUGUGAAGAAGGGGGGACUGAAAGGUGUGGAGAUUAAGGAGGGUGGUGGGCAGCGAAGCAAGUGCCCUGAUUGCACUGCCGCGAAGCUGCAAAUGACCUCCUUUCCAACCUCCUCCUCUCGGGCCACCGCACCUCUUGAGUUGGUGAACACGGAUGUGUGUGGCCCCAUUCAAACUCCUGACAGAGAGAAGGGCAGCAGCUACUUCAUCACCUUUUUGGAUGACUACAGCCGCCUCAGUUGGGUCACAUUGGUGAAAACCAAUGAUAAAGUGGCCAAGGUGUUCAAGCGUUGCCUACGCUAUGCGGAGAGGGAAGCCGAGGCCAAGGUGAAAACACUUGGGUCUGAUUGGGGUGGGGAGUACAUGGGGAAGGAUCUGGAGUCUUUCCUUGAAGACAAGUGCAUCACCCACCAGCUUUCAGUUGCCUACACGCCGCACCAAAAUGGGGCAGCAGAGCGGCUAAAAUAG